AUGAAUUUCCUCGAUGAUCCAAUAAAGGUAGUACCGGAGCCACCUGCCGAUAGCGCCACCUCCUGGCGGACCGGAAGAGGCAGCCAGUCGAAGGGAGGGAGGACUCGAGUCGUGCAGAGGAUGUUCCCGACGAAGAAGCACCACCUCUCGAUGGCCGCCGUCUUGUUGACAAUCAGUGUACUCCUCCUCAUCGCCGCCUCCGUCCUCAACUAUGACCUCUGUGUCAAGUACUCUUCAGAUCUGGAAGUCUUAGGCCGGUACAUACAACCUUCUGGUCAUAACAGCGGAUUUCCUCAGGUAAUAGCAGAUUUCAUGGCAAGCUUGCUGGUCCUUAUAGGCAUCUUAUGCUUCUAUCGUUGGUCAUCCUACCCCAUAGUUCCAUCAAGAAUUCAAAAAUCCAUAGAUCAUGUCAAUGCAGAACCCCCAGAAAUGGUUCAAAUAAUGUCAGCCACCGAUUCCUAUUUGCCUGAGACGAUUUUUCGGCCGAAAUCAGAAGAUGAAUUACAAUUCAUGGAAGCUACUACAUUCUGCUUCAUAGGCUUUGGCAUUUUUCGAUGGUUCAAACCUGUUAUUUUUGUCAUUAUUGGAGGUUUCGCUGUACUGUGUACUGUUUCAGUGAUCAAUCUGUACCAAGAUUAUCUUCAUUUGAAACGCAAUGAGAAAAUGCCAGUGGCUGGCAUUGCUGAAUAUGCUGAUGGACAAAACAGUGCUAUUCUUUUGAAUGUCAGAUUCUCUAAUUUGACCGAGACACAGAACCAUAAUGAGGGGAUUAAUCAACGACCUAAUGGUACUGAAUUAGUUUAUGUUCCAGCAGUGCAAGAACUAAAUAGUAUUGAUACUCGAGCUAGUGACAUGAAGACUGUUUAA